AUGGUCGAGCCCGCUCGGCGCCGCUCUGUCGAGCUGCCAAACGAGAUCCUUUGCAAGAUCAUCCUCUACACCCUCGGUCACAACGGUAGUGUCAUUCAUGGACGUUACUACGAUAUCAUGUCAAAGAGCAGCCUCUUUGAGGAGCUCAGCAAUCUUCUUUGCGUCUCGUCGAAAUUCCGUGAUCUCACAAAGUCGGUCUUCUAUGGACUACACAAGUUCAAGUUUCCAAUCGACUUCGAGCCACGCAGGGGUCUCGUGAACAAACAUGGAAACUCCAUUGGUCCUCUCCUCCCACAAAGGUGGGCUCUAAGCUCCCUCCGACGCAUCACCCUCGAGAUUGGUAUUAUGGACUCGCGCCUUGAGCUGCCCCAUCCUACACGUCGUGGCUUCCUUAAUCGUGACACCUAUGAGCCUCGCGAAGUCAUCUGGUUCAGAUCUAUCGGAGACCUCUACCGAUGCUGCCCUGGUGCACGCGUCCUCCGCCUUCUCACCGACCACAUGACGGAGCUGACUGACCUUGACAUUCACAUAUUCGAAAACUUUCGCAGCAGGGACAAGCAGGCGGCAAUUGAUCUGUAUCGCGCUGCUGGCUUCAAGAUCCGUGCUAACCAAGUCAACGUGCGCGUCAGCAGUCUCCUCACGCCCGAUUCUCCUCAGAAGCCGUGGUAUCCUGACUUGAUUAAGGCCCUUAACAUAGAGCAGAGAGUAACUGCCACUGAUUGUGGUGACUGCCACUGACUGUGGUGACUGUCGCCGAUGGACGGUGCCUGACACUGAUGGAUGGUAAUUGUCAUUGAUGGAUAACGGAUAAUGAAUCAUGGAUACUGGAUAGGUUGAUGAAUGGUAGAUAGGAUACAACGACUGAGUCUCUGGC